GUCGGGUCAUUGGCACAAAACUCUACAUUCUUCCUUGGAAAUGCCCCCGACUUUCAUUAUGGAAUGGAAUCGUUCAUGCUGCCAUUGGGCAUCUGGCCAACCCCAGCACCGCCACCAUCGUCAAGCCCGUAUCAACGGGUUGUUUUCAUCUCCUUCGACGGCAUGCACCAAUUUGAUCUCGAGCGCAUCAUCGCCCAGAACUCCAGCUCCAACUUUGCCAAAAUCGCUGCCGGGGGGAUCAUGUACAGCAACACUCGCACCAGCUCUCCAUCCGACAGCCUUCCCGCCACGGCAUCCAUCUUCACCGGAGCUGCUCCCCGCACGCAUGGCAUCUUCUGGGAGCAGAUGUGGGAUCGAUCGCUGUACACUGGAGGGACAAACUGUGAGGGUCCCGUGGGCGGGCUCUGCGACUACUCCGAGGCGUGCGACCUCAACAACACCCUGCUCAGCGGAGGCAAUGGCUUCAAUCUAACCUACCUUCCCCAUCAGAAGACGUCAUGGGGCGCUUGUCAGCCGGUCUUGCCUCAUGAUUUCUUGUUGGUCAACACCAUCUUCGAGGUCGGACGAGGCAAUGGCAUCUACACUGCAUAUGCCGAUAAGCAUCUCUCCUACGAAUUCGUCAACGGGCCAUCCGGGACUGGUCUGUCGGAAGGGUAUUUCCCGGAGAUUGCGAGCGUGGCGAAUACGCUCAGGGCGCAGCAGGCAUGGGAUGACCUUCACUGGUCGGCUCUCAAGAAUUGGACGCUCGGUCAAUAUCUGAACGGCACUGAGAAUCCGGCGGGAGGACCCUCCUUAUAUGCCGCCAAUUUCCAGGCCAUCACCUGGGCACAGCAAAACGCCGGCUACUUGAAUGCCGCUGGAACACCGAAUGCCUCUCUCGCACAAGCUUUCGCGACCGCGGACGAGAGACUGGGCACGUUUCUGAACGUACUCGAGUCGUCGGGGAAGCUAAACUCCACCUUGGUCCUGGUCGGUAGUAAGCAAGGGCAAGGGCCGAUCAAUCCUCACACUCUGCAAGUGCUGAACCCGAAUGCGGUGAUGAAUGGCGCGGGCGUGCCAGUGGCUUUCUUCAAUGGUGAAGAUGGUGGAAUUAUGUAUCUCAAGAACUCGUCAGAUUCUGCAAAGGCCAAGAGCAAUCUGCUGGCCGAUAAGAAGCUGGGGAUUUCCUGGAUUCUCGCUGGGGACGAGGUACAAGCAGCCGGCUUCGGCUCACCGACACUCAACUCCCGCACGCCAGACCUUGUCAUUGGGGUGAAGACGGGAAUCCUCUGGAAUGAUGGCUUCGAGUUUGAAGACCACGGUGGCUUUGCCGCGCAGGACCUCAAUGUCCCACUGCUAGCGUACAGCCCGGGGCUUUCCAGCAAGGGCAUGACGGUAUCGCAGAUGGUGAGCACGAGGAGUAUCGCGAGUUCAAUGCUGCAGGCUCUCGGACUUCCGACGAGCCAGCUGCAAGGAUAUGCCCUGGGGGAAGCACCACUUUUGCCUAGUCUGUUCGAUACGGCUUGAACAUGCAGCAUGUCUCCGAUUGCGCAGAGAUGUGAGAACAUACCAACCGGGCCGACUUGUAAAUACCUUACGGAGAUGGAUUAGGG